AAUACUCAAUCUAUAAAAGUACAGUGAAACAUCAACAUGUUUGUAAAACUGGCAGUAUUAGCUUGUUCUUUGGCAGUAUCCCUUGGGGCGUACAAUGGUCCAUUGGCUGGUGGCCUUCCGGCCUCCCAGUACCCAGCAGGAAUUGACCCAGCAUCUUGCCCCAACUUCCCCAACUGUGACAAUCCUUUGGUAGCAAUCAGCAAUGAUCCUCAGUCUAGAGCUCUUUUCCAACCAUCUGUGCAACAACAAUACCAACCUCAAUACCAACAUCAACCUCAAUAUCAACCACAACCUCAGUACCAACCUCAGUACCAACCUCAGUACCAACCUCAAUACCAACAACCCGCCCAGCUCGCCCAAUACCAAGGUGCCGUCUCCAAGUACAAUCCAGUGCUCGGAUCUCAAUACCAAUCCGCCCCCUCUCAACAGUACAGUCCUGAAAUACAGAAUGCUUUGAACGAAGGAAAAUACAUCGGUGACGGUGACUACCAUGGUGAAGGGCUUGCUGAAGCUCUGGCCCCAGGCUAUGAAGGUCGUGCCGCUGCUUACCAACCUCAACAACCAGCUUAUCAACCUCAGGCAUAUUCUGCUCCACCCCAAUACAGUGGUGUCCCUUCUGCCCAUGGACAACCGCAACCUGCCCAAAUUCCAGCCGGUUUGGACCCCAACGCUUGCCCCAAUUACCCAUACUGCCACUAGUUCCAAUACACGAGACUGCCAGCUGACAAAUGUGUGAUUGUUGAUUUAAUUUAAUACUUGUACAUAUACAUAUUUAAUAAAAAAUCAUUUUU